GUUGUGUGUUUAGAGACCAACAGGCAUGGCGACGCUAAAGACAACAGCGGCUUGGCUUUGCUUGCUAGCAGUGAUGCCACGCUCCAACCAGGAUCAAGUUCCAGUGAAGAACUGCAGCGAUCAGCUCCUGGAGGACCUAUCAGCUGAUCUUCAGGUGGCGCUGGAGUGCAGCAUUAGCCCGUCAGCUACGUGGUCCACACAGCAGACGGCGGCGCUGCUUCACUACAUGAAGAACGUGACGGAUGUGCUGCACAAGCAUCAGCUGAGUGAAUGCCACGGAGCAGAACCCGUGGAAUGCCCCGAGCCCCGGGUUCCCCAAAAUGGAGGCUUGGUGUGCGCCACGCUGGCUAACAGGCGGUACUGCAAACCCAUGUGCAACCACGGUUAUGACUUUGCUUUUAUCAGGAGAAGCCGCUUGUUUGAUGAAUGCAGCGAGCACACGCGCUACAAAUGGAGAAGUCAGUACAUUGGCGGAAACACGCUGGCUGUUUGCAACGAAGCUACUAUACAAGUAGCAGGAGGAAAGACGGCCUAUUUUCCCAAAGACAACAGCUGCCUGGUCACCAAGACAAGCGACCACAAGCACAGUGACAUCAUCCGAGGUUUUACAAAGGAGCUGAAGGGUCUCCACUUGGAAGGGGACGCACGAGGGCUCUGUCUUGUUUGUGGGUGAGGCCAGCGUAGCGUAGCUCUGACAAAUAAAAAGGUUCAUCUCUUUUCAUCACAUAUAGGAAUUUGGU